AUGCGCAUUCCUCUCUUCCGCAUCUGGUACUCGACCACAUAUACCGCGCUUCUCAUCAUCCUGCUCCUGUUCCUCGCCGUCACGCCCGGCGACACGAUAUACCAGGCGAUCAAGGCCCGCGAGAUCCAGAAGCUCUUCGUCAUUGGCGGGGUUUACUUGCUCACGGGUCUGAUUGUGUUGUUGAUCUACUCGACGCGCAUCUACACGAAUAGGACUGUGCUAGCCGCGAUACCCAAGAGCUAUGUGCCGGUUGAGGAGGGAGAAGUGGGCAAGGGCGUGAGGAGGAUGGUGGUGAAACAUUUCAAGAGGAGUGCGGUUAUUGCGUGGGACAGCAGGCCACGGGAUCUUAGGGGCGAGGUGGACGAUGGGGACGAGAAUGAGGACGAGGAGAAGGGGCGACUUUCACGUCCGAAUACUGGCGAUAGCAAGAAGAACAAGGAAAAGGCGCACAAAAAGAAGGGUCACCACUCGCACCAUGGGCUUGAUGCGACCAUCAUCCCCGUCUGUGCAAAGUCACCACCUUGGGGCCAUAUCUCGCAUCCCGGCUGGGCCUCCCCGUCGUCGCCCGACCUCCCAAACCUGCAGUAUUGGAGUGUUAUCUGCGAGCUUCCCAAUCUCAUCGAAGCCAAGGCUGUCUCGCUUGCGCCGCCCGACCCUGCGCUUGAAGAAAGCGUGCAAUACCCGGACAACGCACCGCCUCUACCAGACGCCCGAAUCGUGACUUUGCUCCAGCGGCCGCGCGCAAUGGGUCUACGCGAAUACCUUUCGCGCCUCGCAGAAUUCGGGCUGCUGACUCCGCCCUCGCUCGGCCCUAAAUUCCUGGCGCAAUACGAGUACGCGCGCUUCUCCACGGCCUACCUGACCGAAACACAGUUCCGCGAGCUCAUGGCGGUAUUCGCCGAAAUCCUCAACGGCAUGACAGAAAUAGAUCCGGUUGUUAUCGAAGAAGCGCGCGCGCAGGACUUUGAAUCCGACACACGCAGUCUCGCGCCCACAGAAUCAAGCCUGGAAUCCAGCGUCUCGUCGCAGUCGCAAAUGCCCUACCGCACGCCGCAGCUCGACCGCAAAUCCACCCUGUCCUCUCUCAGCAGCUCCUUCACGUCAAGCAGCGGCGUCUCGACUCCGCAUUCCCCGCAAACAGUGCGCACCGCGCCCUCACGCCAGCCCGACGCCGCCUCCAGCAUCUUCGGCACGCCCUCGCAGCGCUCCCUCGCGCGCUCCGAAUCAGACACUGGCUCUGUCCUUGUCCGCGACCGUACGCGACGCAGUCCAAGUACCAUUCUCCCGAACUCCAGUGAGAGCUCCCUCGGCACGGCCGGUAGCGUGAUUCGCUUAAACACGAAUUCAAGCCAUGGCGAACUCCCGUAUCAAUACAAUUUCGAUGCGGGGUGAGGAAGAUGUGGUACUAAUGCAUAUACAUCUUCAUACAUCAUACAUCAUCCAACACGUAGCGCAAAUCGUGUAGCAGAGCAGUCCGCGGUUAGGCAGCUACGGUAGCGCCGUGAGAAGCUAGGCUAGGCUUGGAAGAGACUUGCGCUAUAAGCGAAGAACAGAACAUGGGUUUAACCGCCUAGGACCAGCGUCG